AUGCACCCCCUGCACUUCCUGGUCACAAUAGCUGUCAUAGACUUACCCGGUCCAGACCUCAUCCGUGACAUGAAGCCGGACUCCUCCCACUGGCUGCGGUGCCUCAAAAUCACAGGUGUCCAAUAUUUAGUUGAUUCCAUGAUAGAAGAUAUCUCCACAUACAAUCUCCCAGAUGUGAAUGGAAGUGCAGCAAUGGAUUCUGAUGAAAUGACAUAUGAACUAUCAAACAUUCAGAUUGUGGAUUUGCAGUUUGGGAACGUUUCCUCAACGUUUGUCCCAGGAACAGGAGUUCAAAUUUCACUAAAACGUGGAAACGCUGUAAUCAAUUGCCAGUGUGAUCUGGACAGUUGGCUAAUAAAUGAUAGUGCAUCAGCUGUGCUAACAUUAAGUGGAACAUCCAUCUUCAUGCUCUUGGGGGUUCGUCGGAUCGAACCUGGAUUGCCAUCAGUGUUUAUGCUUGACUGCCAAUCUACUAUUAAAGAAAUUGAUUUCAAAAUGCUGAGUGGAAUAAGUUAUGUCUACGAUGCCAUUAAGCCAGAGAUAGAAGAGGUUCUUCGAACAAGUAUUACCCAACAGGUAGGAAAAAGAUUACACCUGAUGGCAAAGUAG